GCGUGAGAAAAGACAAGACAAGAGUUUUCCAGAUCAUCGCAACUCCAACACGCAGCCUAGACAGAUUCUUCUUCUUCUUCUUCUCCAAAUCUGACAACAGAUCAUACCAUUCAUUAAUACUGCCUCAAGCGAAUCUCCCUCUGAAGAAGAAUCCUUUAUACCAGUAUCUUUCUUUCUUUGUCAACGCCCCUCACAGACAGAGUUCGUUGCGCGCAUACCCGCGUGAAGCUUUCGUCAUCAUCAUCGUCAUAAAAGACCCCUCUCCUCACACGCAAUCUCAUCUCCCAUCUCUCUCCUCUCAUCUGGAGAUUAGUUCCACCAUCGAAAUCCCCAAACUUGUAUCAUAGAGAGGAAACUUUCUUUUGCGCGUGUCCCAUUCUCUUCUCCAUAGCUAAAGAUGGAGGUCAAGUUGUGGAACGAUAAGCGUGAGAGAGAAAUGUACGAGAACUUCGCCGAGCUCUACGCUAUCAUCAAAGCCACCGAGAAGCUCGAGAAGGCUUACAUCCGUGACCUCAUCUCCCCAUCCGAAUACGAAACCGAGUGUCAGAAGCUCAUAGUCCACUUCAAGACGCUCUCCGCCACGCUCAAGGACUUGGUCCCUAACAUCGAGAGGUUCGCCGAGACGUACAAGAUGGACUGCUCGGCUGCUGUGUACCGUCUUGUGACCUCUGGUGUCCCGGCUACAGUGGAGCAUCGUGCUGCUGCGAUGGCCUCUACUUCGAGCUCUGCUUCCGUUGUUGCCGAGUGUGUUCAGAACUUCAUCACUUCCAUGGAUUCUCUCAAGCUCAACAUGGUGGCUGUUGACCAGGUGUAUCCGUUGCUGUCUGAUCUCUCUGCUUCGCUUCAGAAACUGAGCAUUUUGCCACCGGAUUUCGAAGGGAAGAUGAAGAUGAAAGAGUGGCUGUUGAGGUUGUCUAAGAUGGGAGCUUCUGAUGAGCUCACUGAGCAGCAGGCUAGGCAGCUUCACUUUGAUCUUGAGUCUUCCUAUAACUCCUUCAUGGCUGCUUUGCCUAGUGCUGGUAACUAACCCGUGUGAUGUUUCUGCUCGGAUGCUUUUGUUUUAGACUACUUGGCUUUAGGGUAAUGAUUUUGGUUUGCUGCUACACACUCUGGAGAUGAAUGUUGUGUAGACCUUUCUUUUGUUGUGUAAUGAUCAUGCCAACCCAGAGAAUUGAUUUCUUCUGAAUUGUAUGAAUCUAAACUCUACUUUAUUGCUCUUUUGCUUCUUUCUUGUUAAA